AGACGCCCAUCCGGCAUCCGUCCUCCUAGAGACGCCAUCACGCAACGCAAGAAUAAAAAGAGGACAGAGAGGAAACUCCGAAACAGAGUGUCCUUCCUUCCCCUCCCGUCCCAAGGAACGAGUCGAGUAGGCAAAGGCAAGAGACACAGACAGAGAGAGAGCGAGGGAGGGAGGGAAAACCGAGGGGAGUCCCCAAAACCAAAUACUCUUGUGUAGGCGCGGCGCGCCCGGCAGUGGCAGUGAGCGACGAGGGGGCGCGGGCGGUGCGCGCGCACUGGCCACUGGCCAUGAGCCGGGGCCGCGCACGCCGGCGGCCGGUUCCUGGCAGCGUCGACAUCCGCUUCGGCGCGCUCCUCCUCCUCCUCCUCCUGGCGUCCGCCGUCCUGCUGGCAGCAGCGUCGUCGUCGGAGGAGGAGGAGGUGGACUACGGGGCGGCGCUGUCCAAGAGCCUGCUCUACUUCGAGGCGCAGCGGUCGGGGCGCCUGCCGCACAACCAGCGCGUGCCGUGGCGUGGCCACUCGGGCCUCACCGACGGGCUGCAGCAAGGGGUGGACCUCGUCGGCGGCUACUACGACGCCGGGGACCACGUCAAGUUCGGCCUGCCCAUGGCCUUCACCGUCACCAUGCUCUCCUGGGGCGCCAUCGACUUCGCCGACGACGUCGCCGCCGCCGGCGAGUGGGGCCACACGCUCGAGGCCAUCAAGUGGGGCACCGACUACUUCGUCAAGGCGCACACAGAGCCCUUCGUCUACUGGGCAGAGGUGGGGGACGGCGACACGGACCACUACUGCUGGCAGCGGCCCGAGGACAUGACGACGUCGCGGCAGGCGUACCGUAUCGACAAGGACAACCCGGGCUCCGACCUCGCCGGCGAGACCGCCGCCGCGCUCGCCGCGGCAUCCAUCGUGUUCCGCCGCUCCAACCCGCAUUACUCCCACCUCCUCCUGCACCACGCCCAGCAGCUGUUCGAGUUCGGCGACCGGUACCGCGGCACGUACGACAGCAGCAUCGCGGAGGUGCGCAGCUACUACGCGUCCGUGAGCGGGUACCAGGACGAGCUGCUGUGGGCGGCGCUGUGGCUGCACCGCGCCACGGGACGCGACGACUACCUCCGCUACGCCGUCGACAAGGCCGAGUCCUUCGGCGGCGUCGGCUGGGCCAUGACCGAGUUCAGCUGGGACGUCAAGUACGCCGGCGUCCAGGUCCUCGCAGCCAAGCUGCUGCUGGAGGGCGAUCCGGGAGCCCUGAAGCACGGCGCGGUGCUGGAGCAGUACAAGGCGAAGGCGGAGCACUACCUGUGCGCGUGCCUGGGCCGGAACGGCGGCGGCAACGGCAGCGACAACGUGGAGCGGAGCCCCGGCGGGAUGCUGUACGUGCGGCAGUGGAACAACCUCCAGUACGUCUCCAGCGCCGCCUUCCUCCUCACCGCCUACUCCCGCUACCUCUCCGACUCCGGCGGCGGCGGCCUCCUCCUCCGCUGCCCCGCGGGCGGCGGCCCCGCCGCGCCGUCCGACCUGCUGGCCCUGGCGCGCUCGCAGGCGGACUACAUCCUGGGCCGCAACCCGCUGCGGCUCAGCUACAUGGUCGGCUACGGCCGCCGGUACCCGGUCCGCGUGCACCACCGCGGCGCCUCCAUCGUCGCGCACAAGGCCAACAGCCGCUUCAUCGGCUGCAUGCAGGGGUUCGACGACUGGUUCGGCCGGGGACGGCCCAACCCCAACGUGCUCGCCGGCGCCAUCGUCGGCGGGCCCAACUGCAGGGACGAGUUCCGGGACGACCGCGGGAACUACAUGCAGACCGAGGCGUGCACCUACAACACGGCGCCCAUGGUCGGCGUCUUCGCCAGGCUGCACCGCCUCGCGACGGCGGAGGGGUGCCGCCGGAGAGGGAUGGCCGAUGAGGCGGAGUGUAGAUAAUAAUAUUAAAAUGGUGGCAUUAAAGGCGCGGCCAGGAGGGAUAAUUCUUUUUUCUUUCUUUCUCGUAAGCUUAUAUUUUACUACUAGCUUUUAUAUAAUUAAUUUUUUUCAAGUGUUAAUAUGAGAGAAAGAUAAAGAAAAAGAGAGUUUUGGUUAGUGAAAGAAAGAACAGGAAUCAUAGUGGAGCAAUAAGGACGAUGAGAAAAAAGAGUGUGCAAAGUUAUCUGUAUGUGUUUAAUCUAGGUGUCUCAACUGAAAAGAACUGUAAUAUUUACUGGGAGAACAGUAAAUAAUACAUAGUCACAUAGAUAAGUUACAUGCAUCUUUAGUAGUAGUAUAUGUUUUCUUAUUAUCA